AUGGAAAACAAGACGGAGCACGAUACUCUGCCUCCCUACGAGGCGACCCCCAACGCAGCACCACCAUACCAAGCAAUCCACGCAGAGACGGCCUAUUCCCCCGCCGCCUACGAAUUGAACCGCGCCGUCGCCACACUCACCAAGUCGACCGAAAAGGUCGAGUUCCAGCGUGUAGACCAAGUCAUCAGCGCCGCCUCCUCUGACGGCGCGCCGACUGUCAAGAGCCGCCGCCGCCACCUCUACGACCUCCGGCGCACCGUCAAGCAGCCGCGCAUCGGCUUCUCCCGUUCGCGCUCCAACUCCGACGCACCCGAGUACUACAUCCACAGCAUGUCGUCCCGGCGGACGCUCGGCCACGUCGGGCUCUCCAAGUCGCGCCACGGGGGGUUCGCCGCGGGCUUCACCGCGGUGCCCGUAAGCGUUGCGACGACAAGCCAGGCGCGCUUCGCGGAGCACAAGCCGCCGCUGUUUGCGCUCCGCCGGACCAAGGACCGCUCCCAGUGGGUGGCGGCGGACGGCGACGAGACAGUCGCGAUUGAGGACGCGGCGGACGAGCAGCAGCGGUUGAUCUUGAUGAAGGCGAUGCCGAGGAAGGAGGUGGAUGCGCUGGUGGCGCUGUGGUGCUGCAGCAUCUGGCAGGAUGCGGCUGAGAGGGCGGAAGAGGCACGUCAUGAGGUCGGGGGUAGUUCCUUUACGAGAAAAAUGGACAGAGGACGGGGUGUAUAUCUCGGGACAAAAAUUGACUAUUAG